UUGAUUUUGAGGACCGCAACUUUUGUCUUCUCCUUAAUCUGAUUCGCAGUUAUGGCUAGUAAGAAGGGUUUCAACACCACAAUCAAAGGAUUCAGUUAUGUAUUGGCCGCUUGCGUCAUUUCUGCGGUAUACACAUUGCUUCAGAAUCUUCGUCACUUCAACUACCUCUCCACUGGAAAUCUUCUGCUUGAGGCAUGCGCUUCGAAUCUUGUAGAUUUCCUUGGAGAUCAGAUUGUUGCGUAUCUGUUAUUAUCGUCUGCAUCAGCGGCAACUCCGAGUAUAGAGUUGAUAAGGGGACUCGAAAAGUCAUUCAAGUCAUUCGGAGCUACUACGAAAGGAUCAAGUGUGAGUUCAGCUUCAACGGCCAUGGCUUUCUUGGCUUUCUUUCCUUUGGCGUUGUCAGCUAUGAUAUCUGGUUAUAAGCUCUCUACCAAAACUUACGUUUGA